CCACAGAUUUUGUAGUAGUACCUCAUUGGAGUAUAAUAGUUGUCCUUAUUAUUUUUAAAUAUCAGUUUUGCUAUCUCUGUUUAUGUAUUGGCUAACACUAAUUGACACUAAUUCACUAACUGGGUUUGUGGAGGCGUGCGCCAUUGCCGAAAAGAAAGAAUCAGGAAAAACAAAUUUCCUAGCGACUUUAAUACCGUCCACUUUCUCAUCAACUUCAACCAAUACAAAUUCUACCCCUUUCUAUGUUCCUCAACGUCUCACAGUAACUCCGGAAGAAUCUUCCAAUGUAAAUGAUCAAUCAACUCCAUUUGAACAUGUGAAAGUUAUAGAUAAACAAUCUCUUGAAUAUGUAUUAAAAUCAGGAACAGCUGGUGGAAUAGCUGGUAGUGCAGCCAAAACUUUAAUUGCUCCAUUAGAUCGUAUUAAAAUUUUAUUUCAAACUUCAAAUCCAGAAUUUUUAAAAUAUAGAGGUAAAUUCUCUGGUUUAUUUAGUGCAUCCAGAAAGAUAUGGGCUAGUGAUGGAUUUUGGGGUUUAUAUCAAGGUCAUUCAGUAACUUUAUUAAGAAUCUUUCCCUAUGCUGCUAUUAAGUUUGUAGCUUAUGAACAAAUUAGAUCAAUGUUAAUUCCUAAUGAUAAUUAUGAAACUGCUAUUCGUAGAUUUAUGGCAGGUUCAUUAUCUGGUUUAGCAUCUGUAUUUUUCACAUAUCCAUUAGAUCUUGUAAGAGUUAGAAUGGCAUUUGAAACAAGAAAUUUACAUCAUCAAUUAACUCAUCCACAACAUAAAUAUUUUAUAACUCAUCAUAAAGGUAGAUUAACUUCAACAAUUGCAAGCAUUUUUAGUGAAAGACCUCCUCAUAAAGUAAAUGAUCCUAAUUGGUUAAAAUUCCUGAGAAAUUUCUUCCCACCUUACUUUUUAAAAUUAUCUAAUUUUUAUCGUGGUUUUGCUCCAACAAUUCUUGGAAUGAUUCCAUAUGCUGGUGUAUCAUUUUAUACUCAUGAUUUAAUUCAUGAUAUAUUUCGUUCAAAAUAUUUAUCAGCAUUCACUCUUCAAAAUGAUCAAUCAAAAUUACACCCAUCUUCAAUAGUUGUUAAAUCCACUGGUGGUAAUAAACAAGUUAAUUCUCGUGAUACAAGAGUUCCAUUAAAAGCAUAUGCCCAAUUAAUUGCUGGUGGAUUAGCUGGUUUAUGUUCUCAAACUGCGGCAUAUCCAUUUGAAGUUAUUAGAAGAAGAAUGCAAGUUGGAGGAGCCAUUAAUCAGGGUCAAUUUCUUUCAUUUAGAUCUACUGCCAAUUUAAUCUUUAGAGAAAAUGGAUUCAGAGGAUUCUUUGUAGGAUUAAGUAUUGGUUAUAUUAAAGUGGUACCUAUGGUUGCAUGUUCGUUCUAUGUUUAUGAACGAGCUAAAAUUUCAUUAGGAAUUUAG